CCACCCACCGAUCAUUCACAUCUGACUCGUACUGUGGCAUCAGACACAGACGGAAGGGUCUCUCCACAGAAUGAGCCACCAACCCGACUCGAGGGAAAGCAGUCUCGCUGUCCCUUCGCCGCCGGCCGCGGCCAAGGACGAAAAGGAGAAGGAGAAGAAGGUGUCCUGCUUGGGAUGCAGAGAGGCCAAGGUCAAGUGUACCAUAGAUUCGGGAGAAGAGAGAUGUAAGCGGUGUAGCAAAUAUGAGAUGGACUGUCGAUUUGAAGGGCAUAAGAGAGGGCGGAGAAAAGGGAAGAUAAAACACCAGCAGAUCACACGCCGUUUUGAACUGAUUGCGAGAGCUCUGGAAGAGCUGCGAGGCUUGACUUCAUCUUUGCAAGAUCCGGCUGCGAUGGCCCUCGUUGCCUCUCUGCGGUACCAGCUUAUUAGCUCCACCUGCGUCAGCGAAGAAGCCAGGAUAAUCUUGAAUAGCUCAAACUCUCCGGCAGCUCAAGACCAUGGUCAAUCAAAACCCAAGAAGAGAGAGCGAAACACUCUCGACGACGACGGACUCUCAUCUUCUGACGAAGAGGAAGAGCCUUCUGAACAGCCGGCCCAAGUCGACCCUCGCUUGAGCGCUAUUCAACCUACAUCUGCCGCGUUCUCUAUCAUGGAUACCAGAGCAGACAACCGCAGCCUUGCUGUCACACCUCGACCUCCUCCUGGGGCCUACUCGCGUGAGUCGGGCCUGGAGCAGCAUCGAGGCAGCUCGGCCUCUCGCGCCAUCACGGCCCAGGGCGGUAGACGAGCCAUGAUCCAGAGGGCCAGAGGAGCCGACACGGCAUCGAAUGCACAUGCCAGCAAGUCUGCUAGCUUGCUUGCGGAAAUAGAAGACUUUGAAUCAGUCGCCAUUGUACCGCAGGCUGUACAGACACUAAGCAACCCUCUGAAGCUCCUCGCCCAUGCUUCGGACGCAGUCGACUUUGCGUCUCGAUCAUCAGCCGCUGCUGAGAGCUCACGCCAUGCUUCUGGAUCCAAGGAGGACAGGAAUCGCUUUGUCUUGGCACAUGCUCGUGCUCCGGUCGAAGAUGACGAACUUGUCCCGCAACACCGACGAUUGAACCAGACGAUGGAUCAGCGUGAAGCUGCAGCAUGGGCUCACUUUGUCAGCACACAGAAAACGAAGGGAAAAGACACACGAAACGCCAACCAGGGACGCGGUUCACGUGAAGCCCAGGAGGAUCACGUCGAGUGGUCAAGCUACUUCAGUCGCGGGGCUUUCCAUCCUCGAUACGAUGCAGGUGGUGGACGUGAUCCGAUUGAGCGAGGGCUGGUCACGUUGAAUCAGGCAGAGACUCUGCUGUCAUUCUUCUACGACAAUUUCGGCACGUUCAUCCAUUGCUUCGACCCGAACUUGUCAACGCUCUCCUAUCUGCGCAAGCACUCUGCUUUCUCGGUCUGUGUCAUUGCAUAUGUUGCUGCAGACUUCCACCCAGACUUACAAUAUGCCGAGAUCGCUCGUACUCUCGAGGACGAGGUGGACCAGAUGCUGCCGGCGAUUAUGAGUGGAGUGUACAAAUCUGUCGAGGCGGCACAGGCUUGCCUGUUACUAGCAAUGUACCAGCGCAUGUCGGACUCGGCCGUCGAUGAUCAGACCUGGGCGCUUCUGGGAACGGCCAUCCGGAUUGCAACCGAGCUAGGAUGCAAUCUGGCCUGCUUCUCGUUCUCAGCACCCGUAGGCGAUCCAGCCAUCGAGAAGCACCACCGACAGCUGAAGAACACAGAGCGACUCUGGCUGAGUCUUUGGAUCCACGAGCGCACGUUGGAAUUUCAGACGGGACAGAAGCUGUUCCUCGCCGAGGAUCCCAUCAUUGCAGCAUGUGGCACUUGGCAUCAGCGGCCGUACGCUGUCACCCAUCAAGACGAGGCGCUGGUAGCCUUUGUCGACCUCCGCAGAAUCAUGGAUCGUCACGCUUCCACUUUCCACACACAGAUCCUUCGCGCUCUCACCUCGCCAGAGGGCGGCGGCCCUCACUCCAAGAGACGUGACACAGGCCACAGCGAGCAGCUGAUGCUGCUCGUGGACCUCUUUCGCGCCAAUGUGCACGUCGACUUCAAGCGCUGGGAGGAAAGCUGGCUGGCCAGCUCUUCUGACGGAGCCGUGAGCAAGAACCCGCUGAUGUCGACAGGAAUCUUGCAUUUGCACUUUGCGACUCUGGUCAUCCUCUCUCUUCCGCUACGAUCUGCCUCUGAGCGACCCACGCAGGACUUUGAUGCCCUCAGGCGAGACUGCUAUGGUGCUGCCAUUGGUUUCCUCUCAGCCUUCGUGGAUCGGGCCGAACGUGGACUAUUGCCCUGCAUUACAAAUGCACUUGCAGUUUCGGCCGUGUAUUGUUCCAUCUUUGCACUGAAGCUGGCCGUGCUCAGUUCUGAGAUUGCGCCCUUCAUCAACAGGGAGCGAGUGGCGAAGCUAGCAAAGGGCCUGGCCCGCGAGCUCCAGAAAGCAGGAAGCUACCCAGCACACCGCUCCAAGCGCUCUGUUCCCGCCCGUUUUGCGGAGUACCUCUUUGGCUAUCUCUCUCGCUGGGAGGCCAUCCGCUCUCCGCAAAUCGUCGGUGGGGCCACGCCCUCCGCGGGCACUGCAGGUACCACUGGCGGACCGACCCUUCAGCCCCAGCUCCACUCCCUGACUCACUUCACGCCACUGCCCGAGGCAACGAUGGCUCCUACGCCCAACGGCUCUGCUAGCGGGCGAGUAGGAGUGGACUUUGAUGGUACAGCCUUCGACCUGCCCACGGGUAUGCCGUACGGACCUGCAUCACAGCAGCUACAGCACCAGCAGAUGCUCUUUUCGCAAAACCAAGGUCAAGGGCAGGGAAGCCAGCAGCAGCAAGAUCAUGCUGCUUCUCCUUGGAGUACCACUCCGAGCACAAGCACUUCGCAUAUGCCUGGCUCGGGUGGAGGGAUGGAUGCGCAGCACAAUAGUCAUGGUGAUAGCACUUCGAGCUUGGACGAUUUCUGGAAAUCGAUGGGUGGGCCGGGCUGGGAUAGCAUGAGUGAGUAAAUUCAAUCGCGAAGGAGAAGCAGCAGGAGGAGGUCCGGGAGAGGAGGCCAGAUCCGAACAGUCC